CGGAGUCGCCAACUGUCGCAACCGUCCCUCCGGGGGCCGAGGUUGUCACGUUCGCUUUUUGGGAGUCGCCAUCGAUCUUACUUGGAGUAUAUCGAACACUCUUCGAAUCAGCUCUAACCUUAGGGUCAGAAUCGAGGUAUGGUUUGCGAUUAAGAGAUUUGGGUUCGGGGGUACGGUUACGUGUGGGGAAGUGAAAUCACACCCCACAACGCCCUAAAUCGGUACUACUUAAGUCGAUAAGUUUUUAUACGAAGUGGUUGUAUUUUGGUAAUUAUUGUGUAUUUUAAGAUCCCGGUGGAUUAUUAAUGUAUUGCUUAUGAUUUAACUAAUACGUCAUUGGACGUUUAGUUCAUGAUUAGAUAUUUUAGAUAUUUUUAGGGCCUUACUAGACCAACUAGAGAAAUUAAAUCGUAUUAGUUGUAAUUUUAAUAAUACGCCCAUUGACGUAAAAAUUAAAAGAUAAAAUUGAUUAGUUAGUUGGACUCGAAAGUUAUCGGUUGCCUACGUACCCGUUAGACAAGAUCAAAGUCCACGUAGUUCGUUUGAAUUUUGAUGAUUUAAUUGUAUGACUUUUGUCACGUUACACCUAUAGUGGCUCUCGUAUUAAGGGUUUUGUUAACUUUGAUAGUUUUAAUCCUAACUUUUAUCACGUUCCACUGAACGUUAUGUUUGCAUCAUAAAUUUGUUAAUAAAAUUUCAGUUAGAUUAUUAUGAUGUUACUAAGAUGAAUGCAAGAAUUUUAAUCAUUAAGAAGAAAUUCGAUGUAUCAGACAAAAAGCAAAACUAACUUAAUCCGCAUUUCACAUUUCGUAUUAAGGACUUUAAACAAAUAAAAUUAAGCGAGAUGGUUAAAUAACGCAUGACGGGCCAGCAACCCAACUGGCUAAGUUGCCAGCACAGGGUGCAUCCACUCAUGAGGACAUGGGUUCAAAACCUCGUAAAUGCUCAAAAGGAUGGUGGCAUGGCCACGUAAUUAACAAUAAACCCUAGGGGUAGAAGGGUAAUUGUAAACGGCCAGGUAUAUAUUCAUCUCAUCCAACCCUAAUCACACUAAUCCUAAAUCGGAGCCAAAACCGGCGACCGUCCCUCUGCCUUACUUACUCUCUCUCUCUCGCGACUCUCUCCCUCUUACCUCUCUGUUCUUCCACCAGAGAAAGAAACCAAGAGAGCCACUCUCCUUUUCCCCAUCUUCUCCCUUUUGAAAUAUGAGAAGAAAUCCAACGAAACCCCUCUUCUCGGUUGAGAGCAGCUUGUCAACGAAGAUGAGCUGAUCGUGUGAUUGCUAGAACAUUCCUAAAAUCAAAACAAGGAAGGAAUUCGAAUGAUUACCAUAACAAGAAGACCACAGAAGAGGAAACUCUCGAGUAACGGCUACUGUGAAGAAGUAUAAGAAUGAAAGGAAUUGAGAAGAAGAGGGCACUUUUCUGGAGAUCAAUUUCAACGAGAGAACAAAGGAGAUUGUUAGUUGAGAUUGAUAAGAAAAGGGACUCGAGUAUAGAACAGGAGUGUGCCUAUACUAGAGUGGAGCAGGAUAGCUGAGUUUGUGUGUGAGUCAGAUAGGUUUUUGAUCAAGCUUCCUGGAUAGGCAGUGUGAUCUCGUCGAUGAGUGAAACUCUGUAUCGACGGAUCAAACAAUCUAUCUUUAAUGGAUCAUCGGAAAUCACACACCGUGAUCUUGCGAUCGUGGAGUAGUCAGUAUUGAGAUCCUCUUUCUCCCAAUACUGGAAACCACGUAAAAGUGCCUAUGUCUUUAAGCUUCUGCAUAUUAUUCAAUUGCUUGUUCUGGUUUAACUUGAACUCUGCAGAAUCAGGUUGAAUAGCUUAUACAGGGGAGGAACUCUGCAGGUAAAUGAAGAGGGUGGGUUUUAAGGUUAAAACGCAGCACUGUGGGUAAUUGACUGAAUAAAAGAGAACUAAAGAAUAAGAGUGGGCCGUGUUCUCAAAGCCCAACUCUUCUGGUCGGUGCUCAUCUGAUUAAGAGAAGAUUUUUUAGUUUGUUUUUCUUAAGAGAAUUUCAGUACAUUUCUCUUUGUCUCCCACUUGUUCUACCAGAAGAUCGAGUUAGGGUUUCAGGUAGCAAAAGAAGAACAAUGGAGAAACGAGCAGUAGGCCUCUCGCGCUCGACGCCAACACGUGGUAUCAGAGCCAGGUCGCUACUCAAGAAAGGUUUUGCAUCCUUUGGCGAAAUCCAGGAUGGCGUCAGGAUCUACAAGUGGUGCACCGCUGUAUUUUGCAGAUGGUUUUUUGCAAAAUCGACCACCGAGGUUUAAAGGAGUCAAUUAUGGCUACUGGAAAAACCGAAUGGAGCUGUUUGUGGGAUCAACAGAUCCUAAGCUGUGGGCAAGGGUAGUCAAAGGUCCUCAUGAGCUCAAAGCAGAUCAAGAAAAGCGGACCAAUGAAGACUACGAAAGAUUUCAACAAAACUGUAAGGCUACGAAUCUAAUGUACUGUGCUCUUUGUCCAGAAGAGUGUCAUAAGGUAGCUGGGUGCAAGACAACGAAGGAAAUAUGGGAUAAACUUUGAGUGACAUAUGAAGGUACAUCUCAAGUCAAAACUUCCAGGAUCAAUUCACUCAAGCAUCAAUUUGAGUUAUUUAAAAUGGAGGAAGGAGAGAUGAUUCGACAGAUGUAUGAGAGGUUCACAAACAUAGUGAAUAGUUUGGAAAAUAUCGGCAAAUCAUAUGAGAGUGGAGAUCUUGUAAGGAAGAUCCUUUGGUGUUUACCUGAAAAGUGGACUCCGAAGGUUACAGCGAUUGAGGAAGCCAAAGAUUUAGAGAAGCUGGCAAUUGACGAAUUAAUUGGAUCUCUGACUACUCACGAAGACAAAUUGAUGAAAGCUGGGUCAGAGAAGGAAAUUAAUGAAAAAGGGAAAAGAGGGAUUACUUUCAAGGCAAUUAGUUCUGUAGAUGAACCAGAAGAACUGGAAGAUAUGGAAGAUGAAGAACUAGCCUUAUUGAGCAAGCAGAUUAGUCGACUUAUCAGGUUUCGUAAGGAGAAAAAGAUGGGAGGAACAAAGUCCAAAGAAAUAGACAGAAAUGAAGGAGAUGCAAGGCUGGGACAGUCAAGAGGGUUAGCAAAAGGAAGAAAUGAGGCUGGGCAGAGUCUAAGAGGGAUAAGCACCACUGGGUGUUUUAAAUGUGGAAGAGCUGGUCAUAUAAAAGCAGAAUGCCCUCUUCUCAAACGAGAUAAGGCAUUUACAGCUACAUGGAGUGGAAGUGAAGAUGAAGGAGAUGAUGAUUAUGAAGUGACGGUGCAUAGAUCAUAUAUAGGCUAUCGCUGAAGAGAUAGAGGAAGAAAGGGAAACAUCAAAAACUGAUCUGACCUCUUAGGUAAGUGCCUCUAAUUCAACUGAACUACUGGAUAUUGAAUAUGAUAGUGAUGAUGAGAUGUUGAGUCAAACUAUUAAGGAGAUUCAAUUAGAAUUUGAGAAUGUCAAGGGCAAGUACUCAAAAUUGAAGAAAGAAAAUGAACUAAACCUUAAGAAAAUUCAUGAUCUAGA